GCUGACCGACCUAAAAUGCUUGCCACAAGGCUGCGGCACGUGUCGACGCGCUCGCUGCUGACUCGUUCCUUCAGUUCGUUCCGCACUCACUCGUGUGGGGAGCUGCGUCAGGAGCCACAUGAGGGGCAGCGCGUGACACUGAGCGGCUGGGUGGACGCCAUCCGCCCAUUCGGCCCCAUCUCGUUUCUGUCAUUAAGAGACCGCUACGGUGUCACGCAAUUGGUGCUGGAGAAAGACUUUUUACAAUCAUCCAGCGAUGUGGUGAGCAAAAUCCGCCCUGAGUCUGUGGUACAGGCCUCAGGGGUCGUUCGCGCACGACCAGCCAAUAUGCGCAACGACAAGAUGGCUACAGGCGCGGUGGAAGUGGUCGUGGAGGAGAUCACAGAGCUAAAUUCGUGUGUGAACCUUCCGAUUCAAGUGGCCACGGGAUCUGAAGUGGCCAAUGAGGACACAAGAUUGCGUCAUCGCUACCUCGAUCUGCGGCGCUCCGCACUGCAACAAAACCUCGUCGUGCGUUCUAAAAUUUCCCUCGCUGCACGAAAUUUUCUGAGUUCUGAGGGAUUUUUAGAAAUAGAGACGCCAACCCUUUUCAAAAGCACACCCGAAGGUGCCAGAGAAUUCCUCGUACCUACCAGAACUACAGGACAGUUCUACGCACUUACACAGAGCCCGCAACAGUACAAACAACUCCUGAUGGUCGGCGGCUUGGAUAAAUACUUCCAGCUUGCGAGAUGCUACCGUGACGAAGGUGGCCGAGCCGAUCGUCAACCAGAAUUUACUCAGAUCGAUCUGGAAAUGUCGUUUGUCACUCGUGAAGACGUCAUGCAUCUGAUGGAACGUCUGGUUAAAGAAAUAUGGAAGGCAGCAAGUAAAGAAUUACCCGACCGUCCGUUCGUACGUAUGCCCUUUGACGAAGCCAUGCACCGCUUCGGCGUCGACAAACCGGAUACUCGUUACGGUAUCGAACUGAAAGAUGUCGACGAUCUACUGCAAGAAUGCGAGUUCGCUCCGUUCAAGACGGCGCUUUUGAACAAAAACACGAAGAUCCACAGUAAACGCGGCGUGGUUCGCGCCAUCAAUGCAAAAUCUCUAGCGACUGGAGGAUUCUCCCGUAAAGACGUGGAUGAGCUGGAGAAAACAGCUAAACGCACGUCCAAAACUGGCGCUUUUGUGGUCAAAGUGGAAGCGGACAAGAAGUGGAAAUCUUCGCUUGCCAAGAAACUUUCCGCUUCUGAGAUGGAACAGCUGAACGAACGUCUAGACGCGGAAGAGGGAGAUGUGCUAAUCUUCUCUGCGGGUUCGUAUCAUGAGGUCAACACUCUGUUGGGACGUCUGCGUACAUACAUGUCGCAGUUGCUGUACGCUAAGGGGUUCUUGCAACAAGAACUGGACCCAAAUAACUUCCACCACUUGUGGGUCAUCGAUUUCCCGAUGUUUGAACGAAGUGAGGAUGAUGACGGAAACAUUCUUGAGAGUGGCGAUAAAGUUGCGCUAUCGGCAACGCAUCACCCGUUCACGGCUCCUCGACCCGACCAUGCUGUUGCUUUGGACGAGAUUUUAGCCAAAGCAGGUGACAAGAGCUUGUUGGAAGACCCUGAAGUCGCUGAGAAGCUUCUGGAGAUCACGGCCCAGCACUAUGAUAUUGUAUGCAACGGCUGGGAACUCGGUGGAGGGUCUAUUCGUAUUCAUCAGGCUAAGUUGCAGCAAGCGGUUUUUGAGGAUGUGCUAGAGCUACCGACUCUGCAACGUCAGAGUUUUGAACACUUGUUGCAAGCUCUAAGUCACGGAGCUCCACCUCAUGGAGGAAUUGCCUUGGGGCUGGAUCGCCUUGUUGCGAUCUUGUGUGGAGCACCGAGUCUUCGCGAUGUGAUUGCGUUCCCCAAAUCGUCCACGGGUAAUGAGCUCAUGACUAACGCACCAGGACCGGUACUCCCUCAACAGCUUGAGGAGUACCACAUUCAAGUGAACGAAGAGUAG